CCUUGGCGCCUAAUCUAUUUCAAAUACACCCUGAAACACCAGAAAGAGCUCCGGAGCUCUAGAUUGGGAGAGAGGGAGACACAGAGGUUCGUACACAAAUUUCUAGGGUUUUGCAUCUGUUAUUGAUCUUCGAUUUCGGAAAUGCAGAAGCUAGGGUUUCCAAGCAUGAAGAGCUUGGAUCACUUCAAAUCCUUAGCAGGAUCUGUCCCGGGAACCGCGAAGAGCUUCUCAUUCUCUUCGCGUCCUGCUUCGGAUUCGAUCUCAUCGGGAAGUUUCGCGAACUUGAAGCUCACAGCAGAGAAAUUGGUGAAAGAGCAAGCUUCUGUUAAGACUGAUCUGGAAAUGGCGAACGCUAAGUUGAAGAAAUCCAUGGGACAUGUACGUGCAUUAGAGGAAAAAUUGCAGAACGCCUUCAAUGAAAACGCUAAGCUCAAGGUGAAGCAGAAAGAAGAUGAGAAACUCUGGAAAGGGUUGGAAUCUAAGUUCUCUUCAACUAAAACCCUGUGUGACCAACUUACUGAGACCUUACAGCACUUGGCUGGUCAGGUUCGGGAUGCUGAGAAAGAUAAGGACUUUUUGGAAGAAAAGCUCUCUGCGAGUUCAAUCGCUCUUGAUGGUCUGAAUCAACAAAUGCAUGGCCUGUCCCUGAAUUUAGAGUCUGCAGAGGAAACUACGAGAAUUCGUGAAAAGGAACUGGAGGAACUCAAAAUUGAGAAGGAAGAAAGAGAUAAACUUUACAGAGAUGAACUCUGCAGGACUGCCGAUCUCAUAGAGGAAAAAGAUGAAAUGAUCAAGAACUUUCAGGCAACUGUAGCGGCUAAUAGAUUGGAGACAGAGAGUUUGAACUCUAAAUUGGGAGAGGUACACCUUGAGUUGAAACUCAAAGAAGAACAAAUUAAACAAUUGGUAAUCACUCAGCAGAACUUGGAGAAAGAAAAGAGUGAUUUUCAAUUGUGCAAAGGAGACUUAGCUAAAAAAUUAGACAUGUCGUUCCAAGAGAUAAGAAACCUCGAAGGUUUGGUUCAUGUGUUUGCUGCACAGUUGGUUGUAUUGGACAAGCAGAGCUUGACUUUUUCAGACAAAUUUGAUCAUCUGAACUCUCUUUAUGACUCUUGCUUUAAGUUGGUACGGCAGGAGAAAGAACUUGUUGCAAAGCAUGCUAAGAAACAGUAUUAUCAACUUCAUGAUAAGUAUUUACGCAUAACAUCAGAAAAAGAUGCAUUGCAACUGGUAAAUCAGGAAUUAAACAAUAAGCUUAUCGAACUUCAGAAAUUCCAAGAGUCUGUUACAGCACAACUUUCAGAGGAGUGCCGUUUAGCAGGAGAGAGAAUUCAAAAAUUGGAGUAUGAAGCAGAAACUCUGGUCUCAAAGAAGAUUGAAACAGAUAUGUUGGUCUCAGAAUUAGAGGAGAAAAUUGAUACUCUGUCAGAAAGUUCUAGAUCAUCUGAGAAUAAAAUGCAAGAUUUAUUGCUGAAAAUUUCAGAAUUAGAAAUGGAGAAUAAUGACAAUUCUGAGAAAUUACAGUCAGAGAUACAGAAAAAAGUGGAAGAAAUGGAUAUUUUGCAAAAAGAGAGUGAGAAAAGUAAGCAGCAUGUUGAUUUGAUAGACAAACAAGUCAACCAGCUUCAUGAUCUCUUAGAGGAAAAGGACCAGCUUAUUUUGCAAUGUGAAGAGCGAGAGAAGAAGCUGGAAGAUCAUGUGAAGGAGAAUCAGGUACUCCUAACUGCUGCUGAAAGUAAACUUGCAGACGCUAAGAAGCAAUACGAUCAGAUGCUAGAGAGUAAACAAUUGGAGUUGUCAAGGCAUUUGAAAGAAUUAUCUCAGAGGAAUGAUCAGGCAAUUAAUGACAUACGGAGGAAGUAUGAGAUGGAGAAGCUGGAAAUCGUUAAUACAGAAAAAGAGAAGGCAGACAAAAUUGUGGGAGAAAUGGAAAGAAAAUGUGGCGAAAAACUGGAACAAUGCAAAGAAGAAUCAAGGCAAUACUUGAUGCACGUUCAGGAGGAACACGCUGCUCUGGUCAGUCGAAUUCAGCAGGAGCAUGACAGGAAGGAACAACUUGCCCUUAAAGCUGACCACAGUGAAGAGCUAAAACUUGCCCAACUUCAAUCUGAAAAUGAAUUGAGAGAGAAAACAACGUCACUCAGGAAUGAGCAUGAAGUUCAAAUGAGAGCUUUGAGGUGUGAGCUUGAAGAUGAGUGUAGGAAGCUGCAAGAGGAGUUGGAUCUCCAGAAGUCCAAAGAAGAAAGGCAGAGGGCAUUAUUGCAAUUGCAGUGGAGAGUUAUGGGUGACAAGCCACGAGAGGACCAAGAAGUGAACUCAAAAAAGGAUUACUCCACCUCAUCAUGCAAAAUGAGAAAUUCUGUAGGUAGCAAAAAAAGUCAGCAUGCUCUGGUAAGACAGGAGAACGAAGAGAAGGAUUCUCCCUUCUUGGGAGCAGCACAAACACCGGUAUCAAAGUUGCUGAAGAAAGUGGAGAAUUCAAACACUGGAGACGCAAGGAGUAUUCCUAAGCAUCAUAAGAAGGUAACUCACCAUGAAUAUGAAGUUGAAACUUCUAAUGGACGAACAAUUACAAAACGAAGAAAAACAAGAAGUACUGUCAUGUUCGAGGACCCAAGAAAACAUAAAAAGAUGAAUACGCCGAAAGCCAAUACCCCCAGAAGUGUUGUCAAGGGAGUCAAAGAAGGAAGUCGUCCACAUCCUUCGAACAUAGGCGAUUUGUUUUCUGAAGGGUCUCUGAAUCCCUAUGCAGAUGAUCCCUAUGCAUUUGAUUAGAGGUCAAAGAAUUCUUUCUGGGGCUCUUUUGAACUGUUUCACUGACAGAAGAAUGGCAUUGUGUUGGCCCGCCCAAGGCAUUUGGAACAGAUGAUCUCCUAACACUGUAAAAACGGAAGAUCUAUGCAGUUUCACUUUGCUGGUUCUGUUUGGAUCUCUGUCACUUUUGGACGUUAAACACUAGCUCUUAUGUAAAUAACGUGUUUUGAGAGAAGGGGGGAGGGGAACGGUUGGAGAAUGGCAUUACAGAUUCUGUAUACACACUGAAAUCUGCUCCCGAUUGAGUACACUAUCCCAUAUCGGUGUGGUGUGAUUAGACAUCAAUAUAGACGGAAACUAAUCCCUUAA